UUUCCGCCAAAAUGUGAUCCACAUUCUCGAAAGCAAAACCUUACCCCCAUUCUCCACAUAUAGGAUAGUGCAGCUGCAAAAUCCCUCAAAAACGAAAAACUCCAUUCUCAACUUUAAAACCCACGUACAGUGCAUACAUACACGCAAUGGCGGAGCCAACAGAGUCUUUCAAACCCUACAAACUCAAACACACGCUCACGGGCCACAAACGUGCCCUUUCCACAGUCAAAUUCUCCGAUGACGGCCGCCUCCUUGCAUCCUCCUCUGCUGACAAGACCGUUCGUACGUACUCCGUUGCCUCUCCUACUGUUACUCACCACGAAUUCAAGGGCCACGUUCAAGGCAUCUCGGACGUGGCUUUCUCCUCCAAUUCCCGCUUGCUCGCCACCGCCUCCGACGACCGCACCAUCCGCCUCUGGGACGUCGCCACCGGGUCCUCCAUUAAGACUCUCAGUGGACACGCUAAUUACGUGUUCUGCUUGAAUUUUAAUCCUCACUCCAACAUGCUUGCCUCCGGCUCUUUUGAUGAGACUGUACGCAUUUGGGAUGUGAAGUCUGGAAAGUGCCUUAAGGUCCUCCCUGCACACUCGGACCCUGUGACAGCGGUUAAUUUUAAUCACGAUGGGACAAUGAUCGUUUCGAGUAGCUAUGAUGGAUUGUGUAGGAUUUGGGAUGCUUCUACUGGCCAUUGUAUGAAGACUUUGGUCGAUGAGGAACAUCCUCCAGUUAGUUUCGUCAAGUUUUCACCCAAUGGGAAAUUCAUUCUUGUGGGGACUUUGGAUAAUACCCUGCGGCUCUGGAAUUUCAAUACUGGAAAAUUUCUGAAAACUUACACGGGCCAUGCUAAUUCUAAGUAUUGCAUAGCCUCAACAUUUUCUCUGACAAAUGGCAAGUACAUCGUAAGUGGUUCCGAGGAUAAUUGUCUAUACUUAUGGGAGCUUCAGUCCCGUAAAAUAGUUCAAAAGCUGGAAGGUCACACAGAUACAGUUAUAUCAGUAUCAUGUCACCCGACUAAGAAUAUGAUUGCAUCGGCUGCUCUUGGAAAUGACAAGACGGUGAAGAUUUGGACUCAGGAAGAGGACUGACCUGUUUUCAGCGAAAUAUAAUUCUGUAGCAUAAUUGCAUGUGUUCCUAGCUGUCAUUUCCAGCGACCACAAAGGUAAUCUUAUGGUGCUAACAGAGUCACUCUUGUUCACAGAUCUAAGCAAUUUUAGUGUAUUUUUUGGUGACUCGCCUGUGAAGAAAAUUUUAUAAUAACUUAUUCGUGCACGGUUGAUUUUACACCCGUUAUUUUGUGAUUUUGCCUA